CUCCCCCAGCUCGCACACCCGGAGGCAGCGGCGGUGGGGGCCGGAGCCCGGUACCCCCCGGAGGGGUCCGCGCGCCCGCUCCUGCCCCCCGUGGGUGCCGGGGUGAGCCGAGCGUGUGGCUGGAGGCGCGCGUAGGGUGAGCUCUGCUUGGGUGCCAGCGUUGCCGUGUGCAGGUGCGCUGGGUGCACCGAUCGCAGUGCGGGAUGGGUGCCUGUAGGUGAGUGUCUGUGCGCGAGCAUCGGGCUAUGCAGGGGUGUAUGCUGGCGGCAAGCGUGCACAGGAUGUGGGAGAAUACAGCUCUGGCUCUGCGAAGCUUUGUAGGUGCGCUUAGUAAUUGCUGAAAAAGCACUGAAGUGUGAAGAACAUGAUGUAAGUUUACCCCUGAGUGAACACAAUGAACCUUGGUUUAUGCGUUUAAACUCAUCUGGAGAAGUGCCUGUCCUUAUCCAUGGGGAAAAUAUUAUUUGUGAGGCCACACAGAUUAUUGAUUAUCUUGAAGAGACAUUCGUGGAUGAGAAGAUACCAAGAUUAAUGCCAGAAGAAGGAAGCAUGUAUUACCCAAGGGUGCAACACUAUAGAGAGCUCUUGGACUCCUUGCCUAUGGAUGCCUACACACAUGGAUGCAUUUUACACCCAGAAUUAACAGUGGAUUCCAUGAUUCCAGCUUAUGCGACAACUAGAAUUCGCAGCCAGAUAGGUAACACAGAAUCAGAACUAAAGAAGCUUGCCAAAGAAAAUCCAGAUCUCCAAGAUGCUUAUAUAGCAAAACAGAAGCGCCUUAAGUCUAAGCUGCUGGACCAUGAUAAUAUAAAGUACCUGAAGAAAAUACUUGAUGAAUUGGAAAAAGUUUUGGAUCAGGUGGAGACUGAGUUACAAAGGAGAAAUGAAGAAACACCAGAAGAUGGACAGCAGCCUUGGCUGUGUGGCGAAUUCUUUAGUUUGGCAGAUGUAUCGCUUGCUGUUACAUUACAUCGCCUGAAGUUUCUGGGGUUUGCAAGAAGAAACUGGGGAAAUGGAAAACGACCCAACUUGGAAGCCUAUUAUGAACGUGUCUUGAAGAGAAAAACAUUUAACAAAGUUUUAGGACAUGUCAACAACAUAUUAAUCUCAGCAGUUCUGCCAACUGCAUUCCGGGUGGCCAAGAAAAGGGCACCAAGAGUACUUGGUACGACCAUGUUGGUUGGCUUGCUAGCGGGAAUGGGUUAUUUUGCUUUCACGUGUCUUCGGAAGAGAUUUGUCAACAUGAUGUUAUCAAUUAGAACAAGACAACCUUAUUUUUAAACUCUAAUUUGCCUGGUUGUGGGUGGGGAACACCUCUAACCCCCAGGAAAAUUUCCAAGAUAAACAUAUAUGAAAGAUUCAUGGAGCAGAACAUUGUCACAGAAUAAUAGUCUCCUACAAUUGCAUACAUGUAUUGGAAAAGCUGAAAUACUUGUAGAUAAUAAAUGUUAUGGGGACAAUAAAGAAAAUUAAAUAUGUUCUUUUCAAAUGAGGAGCUGUAGAUUCUGUGGCAAUGUUUUCUUAGCAGAAUCAUUGUUUCUGUCUCUUUUACCAAAUGACUGAUGUAAUUUUAGAACUUUUAUUCAAUUGGUAUUCUUGCAGCAAUGCGACAGGUGCUCAUUGUGGGUGAAAUUCUUCAGUGUGCAGAAGAACAGCACAAGUCCUGGACUCCACUUGAGCCCUGAAAACAGGAUUUAAGUGGGACUUAAGUGACCCAUAGUCCUUGUGCCUGUCCUUUGCAUGAGAGAGAAUUUCACCAAGAUCAACUGCCAUUGAUUUGCAAUGGGGCCAUUAUGACUGGCUUAGGAAAUAGCCCUAUAGGGCCAGGUUUUCAUAUGGAGGUUCAAAUAGUAGCAGAGUUUCAUUUAUUUGGGAAGAUACCUGAACUGGGUGUGUGAAAAUCAGCUAAUUUGGGAAGACAUAAGAGGAGAUUUUUCAAAGGGAUAACUAGCAGGUAGGCUGUCAACUCCCAUUGAGAUUCAGGCACCUAACUUCCACUUGUCCCUUUGAAAAUCCCCUGCAUGGCCUGUGUGCACUCAAAUAACCAAUUUGCCUAUAUACCUUGCAUAUUUUUGCCUACAAAUUAGGUGGGUGUAAUUGUAUGUAAGUGAUUACAUUUGUGAAAAUAUUGCCCAUAAGCCUAUCAGAAAAUAUCUUACCCAUUAAAAAUAGCUUUUUAUGUGAGUAAGAUUUUCUGAGGAUAGCUUCAUUUUUGUUUAUUUUUAUUAGUGGAAAAGAGUUUGCCAUCUGUCAAGUUUGAUUGGCUAACAUAAAGAUUCAAAGUGGGUAAUUCUCCAGCCUGGUCUACUUAUUUACUGAGAGGUUACACCUUGGUGAAAAUUGUUUGUACAACCUGGGAAUAGCAAAUUUGUAUUGCAGUUUCUUCAUAAAGCUACAGUUUGGAUUUGAAGAAACAAUGUAAAUAACACAGAUGCUUUAAUGCAAUCCACCAGUCAAUGGCUACUGAUGGAUGCAUUGUUCAACCUGACCCAACUCCCUGUCAUUCCUGUGGCAGUUGUGCACCUAUCUGAGGCCAGAUUUUGUUUGUGUGUCAGUCAGUGGCUUGACAGGAAGCACAAACUACCAUAAGUCUGACCUAGCAAGAUUUCUAGCUCAUUUGUGAAGACCCAGAAUGUUUCAAGAAUUUUGGAUUUAUAUCUGAACCAAAACACAUCUGAAGUUUUUGAAGUUUGGCUAUCAGUAACUAAUAGACAGGGGUAUUCUAUCUGCUACCCAAGAUCCAUAAACCUUGAAACCCUGGACGCCUCAUCAUCUCAGGCAUCGACACUCUUACAGCAGGAUUAUCUGGCUAUUUGGACCCUCUCCUCAGACCCUACGCUACCAGCACUCCUAGCUAUCUUCGAGACACCACCAACUUCCUGAGGAAACUACAGUGCAUUGGUGAUCUUCCUGAAAAAACCAUCCUGGCCACCAUGGAUGUAGAAGCUCUUUACACCAAUAUUCUACAGGAGGAUGGACUACAAGCUGUCAAGAACAGUAUCCCUGAUGAGGCCACAGCAUGCCUGGUGGCUGAGCUUUGUGACUUUGUCCUCACCCACAACCAUUUCAGAUUUGGGGACAACUUAUACCUUCAAGUCAGUGGCACUGCUGUGGGUACCCGUAUGGCCCCACAGUAUGCCACCAUUUUUAUGACUGACUUAGAACAACGCUUCCUCAGCUCUUGUCCCGUAGUGCCCCUUCUCAACUUGCACUACAUUGAUGACAUUUUCACCAUAUGGACCCACGGGAAGGAGGCCCUUGAAGAAUUCCACAUGGAUUUCAACAACUUACACCCCACCAUCAACUUCAGCCUGGACCAGUCCACAGAAGAGACCCACUUCCUGGACACUACAGUGCAAAUAAAUGAUGGUCACAUAAACACCACCCUAUACUGGAAACCUACUGACUGCUAUACUUAUCUACAUGCCUCCAACUUCCAUCCAGGACACAUCACACGAUCAUCUACAGCCAAGCCCUAAGAUACAACCGAAUUUGCUCCAAUCCCUCAGACAGAGACAAACACCUACAAGAUCUUUAUCAAGCAUUCUUAAAACUACAAUACCCACCUGGGGAAGUGAGGAAAGAGAUUGACAGAGCGAGACGGGUACCCAGAAAUCACCUACUACAGGACAGGCCCAACAAGGAAAAUAACAGAACACCACUGGCCAUCACGUACAGCCCCCAGCUAAAACCUCUCCAGCACAUUAUCAACGAUCUACAAUCUACCCUGGAAAACGAUCCCUCACUCUCACAGACCUUGGGAGGCAGGCCAGUCCUCACUUACAGAAAGCCCCCCAACCUGAAGCAAAUACUCACCAGCAACUACACACCACACCACAGAAACACUAACACAGGAACCAAUCCCUGUAGCAAACCUCAUUGCCUACUCUUUCCCCAUAUCUACUCUAGCAACACCAUCAGAGGAUCCAACCACAUCAGCCAUACCAUCAGAGGCUUAUUCAUCUGCACAUCUACAAAUGUUAUAUAUGACAUCAUGUGCCAGCAAUGCCCCUCUGCCAUGUACAUUGGCCAAACCGGACAGUCCCUAAGUAAAAGAAUAGAUGGACUCAAAUCGGACAUCAGGAAUGGUAACAUACAAAAGCCAGUAGAAGAACACUUCAGUCUUCCUGGACAUUCUCUAACAGAUUUAAAAGUAGCUAUACUUGAACAAAAAAAUUUCAGAAACAGACUUCAAAGAGAAAUAGCAGAACUAAAAUUCAUUUGCAAAUUUAACACCAUUAAUUUGGGCCUGAAUAGGGACUGGGAGUGUCUGGCUCAAAAGCAGCUUUGCCUCUUCUGGAAUUGACACCUCCUCAUCUAUUAUUAGGAGUGGACUACAUCCAUCCUGAUCGAAUUGGCCCUUUCAGCACUGGUUCUCCACUUGUGAGGUAACUCCCUUCUCUUCAUGUGUCAGUAUAAUUACUGCAUCUGUAAUUUUCACUCCAUGCAUCUGAUGAAGUGGGUUCUAGCCCAUGAAAGCUUAUGCCCAAGUAAAUCUGUUAGUUUUUAAGGUGCCAUCGGACUCCUUCUUGUUUUAGUAGACAAAAUGUUACUGUAAUAUCUAGUAAUGGGCCUGAAUCAAACUCCUAUAUCCCAAUGCCCACAAACUUUAGUUGUUUGCGGUGGUCUAUCUCUAGUAAUGUCUGGUUGAAUUCUAAUGGUCAUUUGAAAUGAGUGAAUAUAUAUUUUACCUGGAUAGUUUUGGUGUCAAGCAGAUGUUGAAAGGGAUAAUUUGUUCGUUGAACAUUGCUGGUUAUAAUUUAACAGAGUGUUAAAUGUUUAACAAAAGAUGGCCCAAAUUUUACUGCUUCUUUUCAUUAGUAAGAAACAUUCAUACAUAGGAAACAAUGCUUUUUGUUUGUUUAUCUGUUGAUGGUAAAAGACAGUUUCAUAUAAUUCCAUUUAAUGACCCAAUUGUUUUGGACAUCUUGAUAAAUUGAAUGUGCUGUUUACAAAAACUUAGUAUUGCUAGAGUAAAUUUAAUCCAGUAACACUGUUAAUGUUUUGUUAGCUUUAAUUGACUCUUGUUUUGUUGUUUGUGUAUUGCAGCACAUCUAUAUUUACUUUGUAUCUGGCAAAUUCCACAAAACAAUAUGCAUCACUGGAUGCUUCAGUAGCAUGUCAUAUUUCCGAGGAGUUUGAAAGUAUAACAUUAAAAUAUCUGUUCAAGUCAUUCUAAAAUUAACAUAAUUUAAAUAUGGACUAUGCAGAAUGAAUUUCACCUUCUUUCCCUGCAUAAAGUUGUCUUCCUAGAGAAAUGUUUUCUGUUAGCACAAGUGUCCAGCCCACACUACCAAUUUGUAUGUAUAUUUAUGAUGAAGACUAAUGAUUGGUCAGGCUGUAUAGUUUCACUCCCUGUUAUCUAUCCUUGAUCUUUUGUGCCCUUGAGAUUACACACAUUCAUUGCCUGCCAACAGUAGCAUGUACUGCUGGGAAGAGCUGAAAUGACCACCAGAUGUCAGUACUCUGCUAGGGCUGCACUUUGAGAAUCCAGUUGAAUUGUCAUUGAAACUCUCACAAAUUUAAAUGUUUCUGCUCUUGAUCUGAGGCAAAGGGAAUAUCCUCCUCAGAGUAGCUAGUGUGAUUAAAAAUGGUGUGACACAAUUUAUUUGCCAUGUGAUUUCAAACUGUUUUCAAACCUGGAAUAUUUAUUGAAUGACAUAGUUUCUAUAGUAAAUAUGUAGUGGCCUAUGUAAUUUGAGAUCCUCUAGCAGAGGGCAGAGUUAAAACAACAGUUCACAUUAACAUGAACACUGAGUAGCAGGGAAAUAUAUCUAUCUGAAUGAACACUUUAUGGAUAACACUAUUCAGGAAAGUUCAGGUUGCUAGUUAGAGCAUAAGUCUGUCACUAAAACUGUAAUACUAAGUAGCUUUUGUUAGCCUUAUGAUUAACUACUUGAUAGGCUACUCAUUCUCACUGCGCUAAAGUGCUCUUCAUCAUGGCUGAAAUCCACUCCUGUGCAGAGGGCCAAUAAAAGACCUAUCACAUUACUUAAGACCUCAACAUAGGGCUGAUGUGGGAUUUAAGUGUGCAUUGACCUUGUGAGGACCCUGUGCACAGGGGUGAAUUUCACCUUGUAUUUGUAAAGUUGCUUGUCUUUUAAUCCAGUUUCUUUCCAGCAGUGAUUAGUACUGCUUCCUGUGACCAUUUUGUAGUUUGGAUGCUCUCCUCCUUUAGUUUUCAUAUACCGUUUUCUCUCCAUAUGUCACACAGCUGAUGUACAGCAGUAUGCUAGUAUUUUUUUUUUGUAUCAUAUGCUUGUAUGUGGGCUCAGAAAAAUAAAUAUGGGAAGUGAAAUGA